ACUGGUAGGCGCAAAACAUCCCCCAGGACUUUUCAUGUCCGAAAAAGUAUGUGCACGGCCGCACUCGCCACCGCUUGACUCGGCGCAUCCCUGAAAACUGUUCAUUUUUGCGGCGAAGGCGUUGGAAAAGUGCAAGCGCGACAUGGAAGAACGCGAGCGCGGCAACGGGGACGCGGCGGAGUCCAACGGAGCCAUCCGGCCUCUCCUGCAGGUGCAGGCCGACCUCCAGAGCCCUCACCGGGUCACCAACUUCUUCAUCGACAACAUCCUCAGGCCGGACUUCGGACGCAAGAAGGAGCCGGCCGCGGCUCACCGGGGCGAGGGUGCGCGCCUCGCGUCGCCGCCGGAGAGCCUCGGCAGCCCCGCCGCCGCGCCGCAGACCGAGCCGCUGGGAAGCACCGUGCCCACGGAGGGGACCUCCACGCCGCACGCCGUCACCGGGGCCAAGAAGCCUGCAGCCAUAGCCGCCGAGGAGCCCCUGAAAGCCCGCGGGGAGAGCGGGGACCAGUGCCUAAGCUCGGACUCGGACAGUUCCCACUCCAGCGCCAACGCGGCCCCGGCUCAGAAGCCCAUGCUGUGGCCGGCCUGGGUCUACUGCACCCGGUACUCGGACCGGCCCUCUUCAGGACCCAGGUCCCGCAAACCAAAGAAGAAGACCACCACCACCAGCAAGGACGACAAGCGACCAAGGACGGCCUUCACAGCGGAGCAGCUCCAGAGACUCAAGUCCGAGUUCCAGAACAAUCGCUACCUGACCGAGCAGAGGCGCCAGAACCUGGCGCAGGAGCUGGGCCUGAACGAGUCCCAGAUCAAGAUCUGGUUCCAGAACAAGCGGGCCAAGAUCAAGAAGGCCACCGGCAGCAAGAACUCCCUGGCCUUGCACCUGAUGGCCCAGGGACUGUACAACCACGCCACCGUCACCAAGGACGACAAAUCCGACAGCGAUUGAAGUAUCCGUCCGAGAGCGCCGCAACAAACGCGAGCAACAACAAACGCGAGGAACAGAUGAUCAUGAAGAAGGGCGCGCCUUCUUGCAAUGCAAUAAUGUCAGCAAAACAAGGGCCAGUUCAAAGAUAUAUACCAGCAUCAAUUCUUUAAAAAGAGAUAUUUCUGCAAUAUGGCGUCUGUAAAAGAUGUUGUAUAAAGUUGUCCUUUUGUUUGUUUGUGUGUUUGUUUGUUUGUUGCCCCCCCCCCCCCUCUUCCCCCUCUAUUAAUCAACGAAUGAAUGCCAUCCAAUAAUAUGAUUGUCAUUGUUACAUCUGGCGCUUCGAUCAGAAGAAACAAGUCCAAAGAAUGUUUAUUUCCCUGCUGCAUCAAGGCUACUGUGAAUUGAAAUCACAUUUUAAACUGCUGAAUGAAUCGUGUAUAAAUAACAAGAGAGGUCUAUAGCAUUAUUUUCUAACAAUGUCGCUUCUAUAAAUGUUGACGUGUGCAGCUAUUGUAGUUUUUUUUUUUUUUUAUAUAGCAAUAUCAAUCACUGCAGUGUUCAAUGACUGACGGCUGCUAACAAACAAGUAGCAUUAAAAAGAAGCAUUCUGCAGGUUGUGUUCUUGGUAAAUCUUCUACAGUAAAUACAUUUUAUCACAUCUUGAAAGAAGACAUUUGUCGGUGACUGUAUUCAAAUGUGUAUUUAUAUAGAUUAUAUUGAAGAAAAAAAAAAUAAAUAAAAGAUAUCCGAUGACCAGUGUUGCUUUAGAGUAGAUAUCUGGGCUGUUUACACUGCUUGUUAAUCUUGCAAUAACGUUCCUUUUCUUUUCUUGUUUUGUGAAUGGAAAUGUGUCUUAUGAGGCCUUUUGCAUGAAAGCUGCAAUUUUGCUGUGCUGUACUGGCGGGGGGGGGCAAACAACUAUCUUUAUUAUAUGGACAAAAAGUGAGCUAAAUUGCAGAUACCAAACUGUGGACUUUUUAUUCACCCCCCCGCCUUUGCCUUUCAGUGUUUUUGUUGUGCAUCUGCAAAAAAAAAAAAAAAAAAAAAAAAAAGUGUGUGUGAAUUAAACAGAAGGAAAAUCCACCAAACAGAAACACACUUUGCCUUAAAAAGUUCACAUGUGGACUUUUUGUGAAAGAAAAACCUGCCGGAUCAAGAGAAGCGGUAUUACUUCAAAAUGCAGACUAUAGUUGGAUGCCUUUACGAACACUGCUGGUACGACAUUAUGAAUCUCAUCAGCGUACAUAUAUACAUAUAUCUAUAUAUAUGAACAAUGUUUUCCUCAAAUUGCAGCACAGAGUUAUAGAAUACAGUGCUAUUUUUUCCUUUUUUUUUCUUGGAAGUAUCCUUUGCUAAAAAGAAAAUGUACAUAAUUUGUAUAACGUAUUCAUUGUGUAAUUAACUGCCUCCUGGAAAUUGAAAAAAAAAAAAGAGUGAAUAAACCUUCAAGAUUAUACAAAAAAUAUAUAUAUUUUCCUGGUAUUUCUAU